UGGAGGUGCAUGGAGGUGGCUUUGUAAAGGUGAUCAAAAUGAAGAGCGAAACAGGUGAAGAUUACAGGACGGAGCUCCUCCAUCAGACGCGGCCGGAGGCUGAGUCAUGGCGGCUCAAUCUCAGAGAGUUCCGGCUGCCGGAGCGGAGCUCGGCCGACCCGCCUUUCAGUUUGAAAGGCCUUCUUCAUCACAUGACUCCAAGGAAAAAGGGCAAGGUUGCAGAGUAUUACAAGAAGCAGGAAAGGCUCCUUGAAGCAUACAAUGAGAUGGAAACCAUUAAUUCAAUGGGUUGUUUGCCUGGCCGUCUUACUGAGGAUGAACUGAAGCAGCUUGAAAUGAAUGAGAGGAUGGCCAUUUAUGCAUCCAACAUAGCUAAUCUUGUGCUUUUUACUGCAAAAGUUUAUGCUUCUUUUGAGAGCAGAUCAUUGGCGGUUAUUGCAUCGACUCUCGACUCCUUCUUGGAUCUCUUGUCUGGGUUUAUUCUCUGGUUCACUGCCCAUGCCAUGAGAACACCGAACCAGUAUCGCUAUCCCAUUGGAAAGAAGCGGAUGCAACCGGUGGGGAUCAUUGUCUUUGCAUCAGUAAUGGCAACUCUUGGAUUACAGAUACUGCUCGAGUCUGUUCGGCAACUCAUUUCAGGGUUUCGUUCAAAAAUGGAUGGUGAGAAGGAAAAAUGGAUGAUUGGGAUUAUGGUUUCUGUCACAGUAGUGAAGUUUGUGCUCAUGGUCUACUGCCGGAGGUUCAAGAACGAAAUAGUUAGCGCCUAUGCUAAAGACCAUUUCUUUGAUGUCAUCACAAACUCCAUCGGUUUAGCAACCGCAGUCCUGGCUGUUCAUUUCUACUGGUGGAUUGAUCCUGUUGGCGCUCUAAUAAUUGCAGGAUAUACAAUUGGUACCUGGGCGAAGACCGUCAUUGAGAAUGUGUGGUCACUGAUUGGAAGAAGCGCACCACCGGAUUUCUUGGCAAAACUAACCUAUCUCAUAUGGAACCACCAUGAAGAUAUCAAGCAUAUUGACACAGUGAGAGCAUAUACUUUUGGUUCUCAUUACUUUGUGGAGGUAGACAUAGUGUUGCCAGAAGACAUGUUCCUUGGCCGCGCACAUAACAUCGGUGAGACUCUCCAAGAGAAGCUAGAGCAACUACCUGAAGUAGAACGUGCAUUUGUACAUAUAGAUUUUGAGUUUACUCAUAGGCCCGAGCACAAGACAAAGGUAUGAUGAUGAUGAUGAUGCUGAGCCAAGUUUAGGAUUUUUGGAUGCAUAGGAGAUCUUAAAUAACUUGCCAAUGGAGUGCAUAUGCAUGUCAUGUGAUGGUUUUGUCUUUACUACGUAAUGAUGUCUAUAUAUACAAAUUUUCACCUUAUUGUUUAGAUAUUGAGUUGUAUCAAAGAAGCUUCUUAAAUGUAGAGUUUUAUGCUCAUUAUUGACAACUUUUGUUUGUGAUAA